CUGCAACAACCCCUUUCCAUUAGAAUAAUCCAAAUACACCUCUUAUUUUAUCUACUUACUACCCUUAUAUCUUUUAUCAUCCCUUCUCCUCCAUUAAAUACCCAGCAAACGAAAACCAAACUGAAGCAAGCAAGAGAAUCCUUUUCCAUUGAAGUCUUAAAUACUAGAAUAUAUAUUAAUUUAUAUACAUCAAAAGGAAAAAGAAAGAGACAAACUCAUCAGAACUACCCAUUUCUCUAAAGUCACAGAACUCUCUGUCUCCCUUUACUUCACUUUUUCAUUUAAGAGCUUCUGUGUCAACUCUGAUGAAGAUUCUAAUUAAGCACCCGGCAUGUAUUCUUUUCCUUAUCUCUUGCUUCUCGUCCGGGGGAAUUGGCUAGCUGCUUGUACUUUGAGUAGAGCAGAAGCAUUUCAGUUUUAAUGCUAAAUUGUAAAAAGAGGGAUGGGAUGGGUAGGUGAAGAGGCUAUAAGAACGGAUGUUAUGUUUGCUUAGAGGAUUAUUCACUCUCAGUACCAAAAUCUAGGGCAACAAAAGGGCUUAUAUAUUUCUAUUUCUCCAUUCCUUCUUGCUUCUGUGUACUAAGGUAUUUAGUUUAGUUUUCAUUUUUAGCCUUUCAUUUUCAUCAUCAUGGCUUCAUCGAACAGACACUGGCCUAGCAUGUUCAAGUCCAAGCCUUGUAACACACACCAUCAACAGUGGCAGCAUGAAAUGAACUCUUCAUCUCUUGCAUCAACUGGUUGUCAUAGAACUCCUUACGCAUCAGUUCCUGGAUGUGAAGAGAGAAGUCCAGAGCCAAAGCCAAGAUGGAAUCCAAAGCCAGAGCAAAUACGGAUAUUGGAAGCAAUUUUCAAUUCUGGCAUGGUAAAUCCACCACGAGAUGAAAUAAGAAAAAUCAGAGCACAAUUACAGGAGUAUGGCCAAGUUGGUGAUGCUAAUGUCUUCUACUGGUUCCAGAACCGGAAAUCAAGAAGCAAACAUAAGCUCAGACUUCUUCAAAACUCAUCAAAACAACACAACUCUCAGCAACAGCAACAAACCCAUCAAACAACCUCACCAAUCACCCCGUCUAUCACUAGCCUAACAGCGCCUUCUCCUUCAUCAUCAUCGUCCUCAGAGAAAUGCUCUCCAAAAUGCUCAAAAAAGACCAUUUCUUUGAGCUCUCAAAGUGUUGUUGAUGUAUCCAAUUCCUCAACUGGUUCUGUUAACCAGACAUAUUUUCAACAACAUAACGAGUUUAUGCCCGAACCCUUUUUCUUUCCGAUUCAGCAGACUACUACAGGAGCAGGAGGAGGAACUGGGUCUUUCACGCAGGGGCUUUGCUUCCAAGAUAAUAAUGCAGCUGGUCCUUGCACCAGUCUUUUGUUGAGUGAGAUAAUGAGUUGUGAUGCUUCCAAGAAAGAUCUUCAUCAUGAUGAUAAGAACAUGAAGAUGCAAUCAUAUCUUAGUUACCCUGUCUCCACAACUCCAAUUACUCAUAGCAAUACUAGGCUUGCUCCACCUCUACCCUUCCCUGCUACUGAUACUAAUACUGUCGCUGUUGCAUCUUCUAUGAACCUAAUUAAUCAUGGCGUAGGAGAGUCUUCCGGUGCUGUAGCAAGAUCAACGGUGUUCAUCAAUGAUGUUCCAUUUGAAGUGGGUGUAGGGCCUUUCAAUGUGAGGGAAGCUUUUGGCGAUGAUUUUAUUCUGAUUCACUCUUCUGGUCAUCCCGUUCUUACCAAUGACUGGGGUCUCACUCUUCACUCACUUCAGCAUGGAGCUUCCUAUUAUUUGGUACCCUUUUCCAUGAGUGAAAAUAUUUGAAGAUGAAAAAGUAUGAUCAGGAAUUGGUUACAGCUGUGGUGCCUGUGGUUUUCUUGUUUCAUAUAUUUUCCUUUUUCUCUUUCUUCUAGGGUUUGAUUUGGGGUUUUCAGCUACUUAUAACUGUUAUAUCAAAAUCUCGGAUGAUAGAAGCACUUGUGGACCAUUGUAUCUUGUUUCUUAAAUCAAUAUAUAUCAUAUAUGCUUAUCUACUAUAAAUCCUUUGUUGUAAUAUAUACAUGUAUAAUGGUGAAUGUUUGCGGUUAAUGUGCUUGCAACCAAGUCCAAGUGAGGUAAUUUCUUUUUUUUUUUUUU